AUCGUUGUUCUGAAACAAUGUCGGUUCUCGAGGAGGUGUGACUGAAUCUGCUUGCAGGAUAAUGAAAGAAAAGGAAACAAUUUAGUAAUUACCCAUCUAUCAUGUCAAGACAAAGUACACGUGGAGGAGAUCCUCGAAAAGUGAAUGGUGAGCUGUUUACUCUAACUUAUGGUGCGUUGGUCUCGCAGCUGUUAAAGGAUUACGAAGAUGACGAUGAGGUCAACAAACAACUUGAAAAAAUGGGGUACAACAUAGGGGUUCGUCUCAUUGAAGACUUCCUGGCAAGGUCAAAUACAGGACGAUGUAACGACUUCCGAGAGACAGCUGAUGUCAUAGCAAAGGUGGGGUUUAAGAUGUACCUGGGAAUCACACCUGUCGUCAGUAACUGGAGUCCAGCUGGAGACGAGUUCUCCCUCCUCAUAGAAAACAAUCCCCUGACAGACUUUGUGGAGUUACCCCCGGGCCACUCAAGUCUCUGUUUCUCAAAUCUGCUGUGUGGUGUACUCAAGGCUGCUUUAGAGAUGGUACAGAUGGAGGUUGAUGUGAAAUUUGUACAGGACCAAUUAAAGGGAGAUAACAUCACAGAAUUAAGACUGAAAUUCUUACGCAGACUUGAGGAUGCUAUUCCAGUGGGAGAAGAUUGAGGACAUUUUUUUCUGUGACACGAAAUUCAUUUUAUUUAACCCUUUCAUCACUGUAGACCAUAAUGGACUCUUCCAGGUCAAUGCAUGGUAGAGUCUACUAAAGUUGCAUAGGGGUGAAAGGGUAAUUGAAUUUUUGUUGGAGAUGACAGCAAGGAAGUACAAUAUAACUUCAAAAAGUCAUGAUAGCGAGUGAAUUUUUGUUGGAGAUGACAGCAAGGAAGUACAAUAUAACUUCAAAAAAUCAUGAUAGCGAGUGAAUUUUUGUUGGAGAUGACAGCAAGGAAGUACAAUAUAACUUCAAAAAAUCAUGAUAUCGAGUGACCAGUGGUGGACAAAAGUUAACCGGUUAUAAUGCCGAAAUGGUCAAAAGGCUACAUGAAACGAUUUUUCCUUGGAUCAUGUUGCUAUGGAUACAGUUGUUGUUGAGGAUCAAUCAAGAUGGUUUGGAUAUAUACUGAUCAAUCUUGAGGACCCCUGCACCACUGCCAAAAACUGUCACUAUGCAUUUGAAACUGAUUUCCUGGCAUGAUAGCUUUGAUAAAUUAUUUCUGAAUAGGAAAUCAUAACUUAGGGGACUUUUAUGAGAGAGAGAAAAUAAGAUGAAAUAAACAGGAAAUAACCAGUAUCAGUGUUUUUUUAAGUGUAAACUAUUAUUGGGGGCUUGAUCAGGAUUCAGACCCUGGACCACAGACUGCUAUAUAUACUGUGCUGUAAUGAACAUAGUUUCCUUGUCUACUGUGACUUAAGUGCUAUGGCCUAAUUAAGGCAAAUUUUGCUACAGUUAUAUCCAGAAUUAAGGGGAGGUAAAUACGACAAACCACAGUUCAAUUUUCAAGUGUGAAUUUAAUGGUGUGCAGUACUAGUGGGACAGGGAUCUUUAAACACAUAUUGUACAAGCGACAAUUCUUUCAAUAAAAUAGAUACUGGAAUUGGU